UUAAAUGCAACGCGUGUGUGAGCUGUGGUGUGGACGUAUUUGACAUAAUGAUGCGAGGAGGGAGCAAAGAGACACCACAUGGACAGUUUUGAGAUGUUUCAGUUGCGAGAGCAACACAAUAAUAAGUAUUAGUUCUUGUAUCUGAACAGGAAUCCAAAUUAGGAUCCUACUCCCAACGAAUAUGAUGAAAAACGCCGGGAGACCCAAACACAACAGCAUCUCAUCUGGGGUCUUCACGGGAACCUGUUUGCUGUUCGUGCUUCUACUGCUGGUGGUCGCACACCCCAACAACAAUGUGUUGCUGGACGUGCCUCUCACGGGUCUGUACCUCGGAGACGGGCAGACCUCGGCGGCUAGAAACGACGUAGAACCGGACCGAUCGCAAGGCAAAGUUUUCUCCGCCUAUUUCAGUAAGUUGGCGCGGGAGAGGAGAGCGAUCGAAGCUCCCAGACGGACCAGAGCGUCCCCGUCCCGGGCGGUGGAGAACCUGUCUCCAGCCGACCUGUUUAUUGCCGUGAAGACCACCCGCCAGUACCACGGACUACGGCUGGACCUGCUGUUGGAAACAUGGAUGUCCCGAAGUUUACAACAGACGUACGUGUUCACUGAUGGAGACGAUGACAAACUGAAGAAGAGACUGGGAGGUCACCUGAUCAACACCAACUGCUCCGCCAGCCACAGUCGGCAGGCACUGUCCUGUAAGAUGGCCCAGGAAUACAGCGCCUUUAUCCAUUCGGGGAAGAAGUGGUUCUGUCAUGUGGAUGACGAUAACUACCUGAACGUGGGCUCCCUGGUGAAGCUGCUGUCCCAGUACAGACACACCCAGGACGUGUACCUGGGCCGGCCCAGCCUGGAGAGACCCAUUCAGGCCACAGAGAGGCUGGGCUCCACACACCAGAGCCAGAAGGAGGUGCGCUUCUGGUUCGCCACUGGGGGAGCAGGGUUCUGCCUGAGCCGGGGACUGGCGCUCAAGAUGAGCCCUUGGGCCAGCGAGGGCACCUUCAUGGUCACCGCCGAGCAGAUCCGUCUCCCCGACGACUGCACCGUGGGUUACAUCGCCGAGGCCCUGCUGGGCAUCGGCCUCACGCGCUCCCCCCUGUUCCACUCCCACCUGGAGAACCUGGGGCUGGUGUCGGAGAUCCACCGCCAGGUUACGCUCAGCUACGGCACAGUGGAAGGCAGCAGGAACACUGUGAAUGUGAGGGGACCUUUCAGCACGAGUGAAGACCCUACCAGGUUCAAGUCUGUCCAUUGUCAGCUAUAUCCAGACACUCCAUGGUGCCCCAGCCCACAGACACUCUAACCCAUGGAGGGACCAAGGAGUGGAUGGCUUAGCAGUGAAGAAACUGAGAGAGGGGGACGAACUGAGAAAAGCUCCACUUUGUUCCACUCGGCUGGAGAAAAAACAAACAAACAAAUUGUUGGAGCGGUUUGAGUCUGGGUUUUCCCUGCUCCGUCCGAUCUUCACACAAGCACACAUCGCUCUUUUUCAAAGCUUUGCUCAUGUUGGACCAUCUCUCCCAUUAGAGAGAGGGUGGGAACCGUUUUUCAAAAACAUCUACAAAACACUCUACGUCAAGGAUUUGGUUGUGGUUUCGAGAAACAAGUCCCAAGGAUGGGGCAUCUUUCUGGCCAGGCAACUAGGCCAGGAAACGUUAUUACUCACUCUAUUGAUCACUCAAUAGAGUGAUCAAUAUAAUAGUCACUUUAUUGAUGAUGGCUUGUUAUUUCAUUGCAUGCAAGGCAUUUAUCUUUAAAGACAAAUUUAAAUCCUACACGUGGAUUUACCGCAAUGACGACAAAGAAGGAAGACACAAGAGAUGACGGGCAGACACUGAAGAGAGAGAGAGAGGUAGAGGGAGAGAGUGAGGGAACUUUCUACAUACGCCAUCAGUCUCUCUCAGCCUUUCAUUCCAGUAGACAGCACUACUCAAGCCUGUCACCGGUUCCCACGCAUCUCAUUGGUCACAUCAGCCUUCUGAAUAUCUGCAGUUUGCCUUGCAGUGCUUCUAUACAUUCCCAUGGCCUCUGUUCAACGCCCAAGUGGUGAAACCUGUUGCUGGUGAAUGUUUGUGUAGUGUUAAUAUGUGCCAUGUGGCCUGGCUGAUGCCACACUGCUUCCAAAGCCCUGCCACCAUGGAAACUGUAGUGUGUCAGACUGCAGUUCUUGCUGCAGUCUGAGUGAAGUGAAGUGAAACCAAAUAACAACAUCCAAAGCCCUACUACCUGGCAUUAUUCUGGAUGAGUAAGCAGGCAAACAAGAACACUUGGAUUUGGAGAUGACGUUUAUAUCUGUAAUGCUAGGAUACAUUUUUCUUUCUGUUGAAAAAUGAAUUGAGUCUCUUUCUAUUCCUCAAGCCUCAACUCAAGAUUUUAACCAAUCAUAAUUUAUAAUACAAUGAUUGAAAAUGAGGUGUCCUCAGCACGGAAGAGUGCAGACAGAGACUAGCGGAACAGAACUGGGGAAGUGAUGGAGCAGACGGAGGCUAGACGAUUAUGCUCACAUUAGAGGAAUGGAAGUGUGUGUGAAUGCAUACGGAGACUGAGAAAGAUCCUCUUAAUGAAUACCGACUAAGCUUUAUUAGUAUAUUAACUGUGCACUUUUAACCGUGCACUUUUAGUUCAGCAGUUAACAGUUCACUAAAUGAAACGACAUGUUGUAGAGAGAAGGUUCUAUUUUCUUUUUAAUGAGUUUCUUUCAUUUAUUCGUUGAAAUUCUGAAAUUAGUGGUCACAAACGUAAUGGGAUUUUUAAAAGGUCAUAGGAAACGACUACUUUUAUGGUGCAAUAACCGAGAGGCAUCCACAGGACUUUUAUGGAGAAAUGACUCAUGUUGGGUCGUAUUGGUAUUAUCAUACAAAUGGAGAGUGGCUUAACAGCUUUAUUUGUUAGCACGUUAUGAAGUCAAACGUCUUCACCAACAGGUAGAAUAUCAUUGUUCCCUGUUUGUGAAAUACCUGAACUAUCACCAGAAUAUCUGGAAAAUCAUCCAUGAAGUAAUAAAAUAUUUUUUACCAAAUGA